AUGGACUUCCCCAGCGCCACCGUGCAACAGGCCCUCAACUCGCUGGCCUCGUGCAUCCGCUGCCGGGAGCGCCGCGUGGGCUGCGACCGCCUGCUGCCCAGCUGCCAGGCCUGCCAGGCCAUCGGCGCCGCCUGCGAGCUGUACGACCACGUCCUCGACGCCAAGUUCCCGCGCAGCUACCUGCAGCAGCUGCACCUGCGCCUCCAGCACCUGGAGCAGAUCGAGGCCCGCCUGCAGCCCCAGGCCGACUUCCGCGCCACCGUCCAGCCCACCUCCUCGUCGUCGUCGUCGUCCUACUCGGCCCACGUCGCCCACCAGCGCCGCCUGCGCUCCGUCCCCUCGCUGCCCUCCAUCCGCUCGUCCUCCUCCGUCUCCGACGCGUCCUCGCCCUCGCCGCCCGAACCGCCGCUCGCCGCGCGCCCCAGCGAUGUCGCCGACAGAGACAGCGAAGCCCGCGGCGAGUGGGGGCCGUCCAGCGCGCUGGCCCACCUCCGCCUCGUCGCCGCCCUGCUCAACGUCGAGCUCACACGCCCGCUCUACCAGGCCCUGAGCUUCAAGGUCGACGUGCCCGUGACCCAGCCUCAGCCCUCGCUGCUGCAGGUGCCCGGCCUCAACCCCCCGCAGCCCCCUUUGCCGCCGUUGGAGACGGCCCAGUUCCUCCUCGAGUUUUACUACAACUCAAUUGACUCUAUAAUGCCCAUCCUGGGCCGCAAGCUGGGCGAUCAGGACCUCGACCAGCUCUAUACCAACUGCUCGCAGCGCCAGAACCUGCGCGCCUGCACCCGUGCCCAGCUGGCACUGGCCGUCGGGGCCCGCUGUCUGUUCCGCAGCGCUGCCACCAAGGGCACCCCCGCCCAGUCGCAGGCCUACCUUCAGCUCUCCGACUCCCUGUUCGAGUCCGCCGCCGCCAGUCUCAAGACUGUCUUGAGCGACUCCAGCACGCUGCUCGAUGCGGUCUCGCCCUCUGCGUUUGAGAACGAGGAGGCCCACGCCAUGGCUAAGCUGCAGAUUGUUUUGCUUCUGGUCUGCUACACGCUUUGUGCGCCGCAAAAGGGGAACGUGUGGCAGCUGCUUGGGUUUGCGGAGCGCCUGUGGAGGAACAUGCAGAACGCGCGUGCCCAAUUGCGUAAAAGCAACAGUCCGGAUGGAUACCUCGUGCGAGAGCAGGCUCGGCAUCGGCCCAGGCCCAAUCUUCUCUACUGCAGCUUCGUCUCUCUGGAGCGCUUGGUUGGCAUGGGAUACGGACGGCCGAUAGAUUUUCUCGACUUCGCCGAGGCGGACGAACCCACGCACAGGCCGGACGACAAGUCUGUGGCGGCCCUGUACGCCGCGAUCCUGGACCUGAAGCAGAGUGUUCACGCGUCUUAUCUUUCUGGUCAGCAAGAGCCGGGUGGCAUAUUGGGGCCGGCGCCCGGGACGCCGAAGACAGGCAGCCUUGAAUGGUACUCCAACGUGAAACGAAAGGCUAGUGCCUGGUUUGAGCAGUUUUCGGACGCGAUCGAGUUCAUGACGCGGGACGGCUCGCCAAUGGACAGUACUGACACGCAGCGCAUGACGGACGGAAGGAAACAGUUCUGGCUCAGCACCGGCCGCAAAUGGCGAGACGAGACUCUACACCUCGCCUUCGGGCUGUUGCUCCACAACACGCCAACUCCAGCCUCCACUCCGGCGUCUGGGAGAUCAACGUCGCAACGACAGCUGCUUCCACCGGAACUGCUUACCGAGGGCCGUAACAUUGUGCAGCGCCUAGUGAACGAUUACACGUACCUGCUCCGUCAGCCUUUCACCCUCACGCACGAAGGAAGGCAGAUACCGCUCGUUUUCCCCCGGCUUUGGGUGUUCGAUCUCGAAAUCUUCCGGACUGCGGUCACGGCGGCGUAUCUGUCACACCAUCGAGACAUUGUGCCGGGCACAAAGUCCAGCAUGAACUGGGAGGUGGCCAACUGCGUCAAGUUGCUGAGCAGCACCAGCGCCGAGGUGGAUGCCGAGGGCCUGUGCGAGGCCAUUUUGGCACUCAUCGAAGUCGAAGGUUGA